AUGCAAAUGCAAAUGCAACAAACGCAGCAGCAGGCCACGACGGCACCAAUCUCAAUCUCCACUCCUCCUCCCUCCUCCGGUGGCUCCGCUUCCGAGGCACCGCCGAAGCAGGUUGCUCAAGCAAUGGACAAACUCGGACAGGCUGAAAGAAUCAUCGCCGAUAUCCGAAUCGGCGCCGACCGCCUCCUGGAAGCGCUCUUCGUCGCGGCAGCGCAGCCUCACCAAGGCAACAAGCCUCUCCAAGUGUUCCUCAAGGAAGAUGCCUGCAUGCGUCAGUAUCUUCAAGACCUUAAAUCGCUUGGUAAGGAGUUGGAAGAGUCUGGAGUUCUCAGUGAAUCACUUAGGUCGAGGAAAGAUUUUUGGGGCUUGCAUAUGCCGCUUGUUUGUCCAGAUGGCGCUGUGGUUGCAUAUGCGUGGAAACGACAGCUUGCAGGUCAAGCUGGCGCUUCUGCCGUUGACAGAACCAGGUUAGCACUCAAAGCCUUCACUGAUCAGAAAAGGCGUUUUUUCCCACAUCUUGAUGAUGGACUUGAAACUGGUGACCCAGCUUCAAAGAAAUGUUGUCGGUCUGACGAAAUUACAGUGGAUACCAAGGAAGAAAUUAGAUUUCUGAGGACGCUACCAGAUGUUCUGAAGUCUGUGGAGAAGGAUGUGCCAAGUCUGAAAAUUUUAACUUUUGAACGAUUGGACUGGUUAAAAAGAGCUUCCUCGCUUACCUCAUCAACAAAUGAGAGUUCUCUGGAACAUAACUAUCAUGGUUCUAAUAAGCUAAGGCUUGGAUCUGUGGGAACUGUUGCUGAAGAAAAGAUUGCUGUGAUAGAAAUGUUAUUUCCAUCUGUUUUCAGAGCUGUUAUAUCCUUGCAUCCUGCUGGUUCCAUGGAUCCUGAUGCUGUGGCUUUGUUUUCUCCAUAUGAGAAUGGAAGCUAUGUGCAUGCAAGGGGUUUUUCAGUUCAUCACGUGUUUAGACAUAUUACGGCGUAUGCAGAGACAGCUCUGCAGUAUUUUCUUGGGAACCAAACUGAAACGAGUCUGUAUUGUCUUUUGCACUGGAUUUGUAGCUACCAGACUCUGUUUUCAAAAUCAUGCAGCAAAUGCUCACGGCUACUUGCAAUGGAUAAACAAUCAACCUUACUGCUACCUCCAGUCCAUCGACCUUAUUGGCAGUUUUCCUUUUCAAAAAUUUUGACAAACAUAUCCUCAAAGGACCAGAAUUCGGAUAUUACUCUGGCGUAUCAUAUUGGCUGCCUCUCUGAGGAAAUAUAA